AUGGACCGGGACUCGACAACGACGACGACAACGGCAACCACUCUUAGACAACACGCCCAAUUGCCGCGUCCGCCUCCUCCUCCUGCUUCUCCUCUGCCCUCAGUUUCUGCCUUCGCCGGCGACGCGACUUCUUCUCGUCCGCUUGCUCCCACUUCUGCUCUGCAUUCACCCUCUCGCCCCGUCGCUGCCCGCCGUCCCUUUGCCGUCGACCUCCCCCAUCUUCGGCAGCAAGACGGCCCUUCCAGUAGCAACUCCCAGGACACGAACACAUCCAACGACACCGACACCGCCGCCGACCAGGUCUUCACCCCGCCCCUGAGCGACGCUGGCAUGAGCGCCGCCAACGGAACCGGCAGCGGCAACGACUCCAGCCAGGAGUCCCAGCUCAUGCACCUCUCCCACAUCGCCGCCGCCCAGGAGAAGAUGCACGAGCUCGAGGCCGCUACCGCCUCCACCGGCCUGUCCAGGAAGCGUAUGGCUGACGGCGUCGUCAAACACACCAGACAAAGAUCCAGCGCGUCUCCCGUCUAUCAUGGAGGUCAUUCUAGGAACACGAGCGCUGUCAGCAUUGCUUCCACUGCCGGGAGUCGCAUUGGCGAGCUGUCUGCCGAGCUCAAGACACGCCUCUCUUACGCCAUGGUCAAGGUCAACAAUGGCCGCUUCGCCUACUUCAAGCACGUCUACUAUCCAUGGACGCCAUGGCUCUUCUGCAAGCCCACAGCUGCAUCUUUCCUCCCACCGGCCGACCCCAUCCACCAGCACUUUUCCUGCACCUGCGCUGGAUUCGGCAUGGAGAGGUUCCCCGAACGCAUCGUCGGCCAUGUCACCGCCGUCCGUGACUAA